AUCAAAAGGAUAAUCAUGCCAAAAAUAUAUAUAAUUAUCUAAAUUAAAUAAAAAAAAAAUUAAAAAUAAGAAUAGUGCAAAAUUAGAGCAAGAAACCAAAAUGAAAAUAGAAGGAUAUAUGAUAAGUGGUAGGACCCACAAUAGCGGCCACUAGCUGAGAUGAACUUUAAAUUCCAUAGUUGUUUGUAAGUAAUUUGAAGAAAAGAAAUUAGACAAAUGAUAUGGGUUCUCUAAUGGCAGGAUGGGAUUCCCCAGUUCAGGAUCCUAAAUCAGUAAGAGUGAUGAGAAACAAGUCUCUUACAAAAGAGAGGAUUGAAGAGUACUGGAAACUUAAGAACCAAACUCAGCAACAACAUCUUCAAGCUAUAAUUUCUCCUCCUCAUCCCCAUCAGCUACAGGAGGAAGAAAGUGUUAUUAAAGAUGAUGAAUCAGGUCCAAAUGAGCUGCAAAGAUCAAAUUCAUUGCCAAUGAUAGGCAGCAGAAACAAUAAUAAAGUGGUGUUAGGCAAGGAGUCUGAACUGGAUCUUCAACAUCUUAGAAAUUGCUGGUGGACAAGAAGUAAUUGGGCAUUUCUAAAUGAACCGCCGGUAAUAGCAGGAGAAGUUCCGAAAUAUAAGUAUGCGGCACAGUAUCAUGUUGCUACCUUAGCCUCCUCCGAUUCCGAUACAAGAAUAAUAAGCACCACUUAAUUAGCACUUGGCAGUUGGCAUCAUGCAUGUGCAUUCUAUAAUAUAUAUUGUACAUAUUUAUUAUGGCCUAAUUAUAAUAUAAUCCUAGCUCCAUCCUCUCCUCCGACCCCAGCCUUAGCUUGGAGUGCUUGUAUAAUAUAACUCUUUUAUUAAUACACUCUCAUCUAUGUAACUAAGUUAUUUCCUUUGUGUGUCUACGUUUCAUUUAUGUAUUUUUUCAUAUUAUUAUGGGGUAUCGUUAUUAAUAUUAAUAUCAUUAGUUUAUCAUAAUCUAUUGUACUAUAAAUUUCAUAAGUAUAUUUUUUCACUAUAAAUUUCAAGGUAAAAGAGAUAUAUACAAUACUUUUUUGUACUUUUCAAAUUGCAAUAAGACAUUGCACAAAAAUUAAGGAGCCAUUCAUAUUUAAAUUUAAAGAAUAAUGGUAAAAGAGAGAAAAUUAUAUAAUUAAUGGAAGCAAUUUCUAUAAAGAAAAAAAAAAGUAAAGCAAAAGAGAUGAUAGAAAUAAAAAUUUGAAAGAAAUUAAAAAUAAAUUUUUUUCAUCAAUAUAAUGUUAUUUGGAAAUUUAUUUCCAAUAUUGCAUCUUAGGAAAACUUAAUUUCGAUUCUAAUGUCGACUUGUAAUAAUCAGUCAAAACUUCCUUUUACUGUUUUUUAGCAAAUCGCUAUCUGAGAUGACGUUUGAUCCGAAUUUUUUACAAAACGCUUUCUAAGAAAACAAUUUGAUAUGAAUGAUACAAAGAUACAUAAAUAUAAAUACCAAAUCGCCAUUAUAUUUUAUUUUAAUUAUUUUAUUGACCUCAUCUAAAAUAAAAACUUGUUUUGAAGUAAUAGGAUUUAAUAAUACCUAAAAAAAUCCCUAUGCCUUAGUGGGUUAGUGCUCAUAUCUUAGUAUUUGUUGCUUUAUUUCAAGUUACAGACAUAUGGCGGUUUGCAAUGUAAAUCUUUAAUUACGUUUUGAUUAUAAUUUGGGGUAAUAGGCUAAUUUAAAAUAAGUUCUUCUUCCCUUAAUCCCCUAAUACCCUCCUCUGAAAAAUGAAAUCUUACAUCUUAACGGGGACUCCACCGCCGGAAAUUCCAUUAUCUCUACCACAAAGUUUUGGAGUUUCAAACAAGUUCCAAUAUUUUUCAUCAUUUUCACCAUCCCCUGCAUUAACCACUCAUCUAAAAUUAGAAACGCAUGAAAUUAUACCUGAUUUUCAUCCCAAAAGGAUCUUCAUUCUAGGAAUGGGUUAUGUGGGUCAAUAUGUUGCACAACAAUUAAACAAUCAAGGAUGGGAUGUUGCAGGUACUUGCACAAGCAUUAUCAAGAAAAAGGUCCUUGAGCAAAAGGGAUUUGAUGUCCACAUUUUCGAUGCACUUAAACCAGAAUGGAAUAUUCUUGAUAAAUUAAGAUGUUGUACUCACCUUCUAGUCUCCAUUCCCCCUAGUGAAGGUAUUGGUGAUCCAAUUCUUCAACAUGAGAAGGCCUUUAAAGCUAGAUUGGUGGAUGGAGAUCUCAAGUGGCUUUGUUAUUUAUCUACUACAAGUAUAUAUGGAGAUGCUAGAGGUGCUUGGGUUGAUGAAAAAUCCAUAAUUUGUGGCAGUUAUAUCCCAAACCCUUUAAGCCAGUUAGCCAAAAUGAGAUUAAAGUCAGAGGAAGGGUGGUUAAAGCUAGGAGAAGAUCUUGGCGUCUCAGCCUAUGUAUUUCGACUUGGUGGCAUAUAUGGCCCUGGAAGAAGUGCUAUUGACACCAUUUUGAAGGAAGAAAUUUCUGAACGUCAGAAGAAGAGAGCAACUAGAAAGUUUACAUCUCGAAUUCAUGUUGCAGAUAUCUGUCAAGCUCUUAGAGCAUGCAUCUCAAAGCAAGUUCAGAGGAAGGUAUAUAACAUAGUUGAUGAUGAUCCUGCCUCCAGAGCAGAGGUUUUUGCAUUUGCACAGCAGCUGAUAGAGAGAAGAUGGCCUGGUCUGAUUGAUCUGACUGAUUACUCUGAUAGGGAAAUUUCUUGUGGUGGAGAAAAGCGAGUGAGCAAUGCUCUUAUAAAGAAAGAAUUAGGUUUGCAGUUUAUAUUUCCAAGUUAUAGAUCUGGCUUACAAAGUAUCAUUGACUCUAUGGAGGAUCCGAUGAAAUAUAAUGGUUGCAACAAUUGUUAGCAUCACGGACAUUUUGUAUUGCAUAGAUAUUUAUAUUCUGUGAAUUUCUUUAUUGGAACGUAGGAGUAGAAUUUCAGCUUGGAUUUGCUACUAACUAUACUUCUUUGUUCAUUGUUCAUAAUAGUACAGGAAAUAUUCUUAAUUGGCUUAAAAGAAA